AUGAAUACUAAUGAUCAUCAUCUGGUUAAGGAAUUUAAGCUACUCGAUCCACCUGUAUUUAUGGGGUCUUCAGAUAUAGCUGUUGGGGAAGAGUGGUUUCGAGUGAUUGAGAAGAAACUAGGUUUAAUGAGAGUUACGGAUGAAGAACGAGUCAUUCUUGCUACUUCUAUGCUUAAAGGAGUCGCAAGUCAUUGGUGGGAUAUAAAUAGAUGCACUAUGGAUAUUCAAGGAAUGACUUGGAGAGAAUUUGAGGAUUCCUUUUUGGAUAGAUAUUAUCCUUUUUCAGAUCGGAACUUUGAAAAGAUCAAACUCAUGCAAUCUGUAGAGAAGAAAAGAUUUGCCAGGUACCCAUGUUAUGCAGCAGAGAUUGAAAAUUUGGAGUCUAUGGAGACUGGUGAUGUGAGAAUGUCUAGCCCAUUGAGGGAGCAAAGACCAAAUGUAUUACAAUAUGGUGCACCAAAGGAGAUUGAGGUAGAGGACUUCUCCGCUAGGAUGAAGAAUAAACACCAAAACAUGAUAAAUCCCAAUUCUGAACUCAUUCUCCCGCAGGAUCCCCAGCAACAUCCAUAUAGUCAGCAUGGGUUGGUGGUCAAUGGUCCAGAAGUGCAACAUAUCUUGCAAAAUAAGCAGCUAGAACAAGAAGAAAAAGGCCAACAACAACUAAAUCGAAUUCAAAAAGCACAAAAUAAAAGAGUUAGACAGUGGAUGUGGAAGAAGAAGAAGAGACGACAACAGUUAGAUGUUACUACUGUGACGAAAGAAAUACAAGUUAUACAACAACAGCCCGAAGUUGCAGUUGUCGACAUAAAAACACAGAAGCAGUUGCAACAGCAAUCUGAGCCAAUGCAACAAUAUAUGCAUCAAGCUCUUUCACCACAGGUUCAGCAACAACCAACACAACAGAAUUCGCUUGCACUUCGGGAGUUUAAUCUAGAGGAACAAAAACAACAACAACAAAAACAACAUCAACAACUAAAACAGUGGCAACAACAACCAGAGCAACAACAAAUAAAACAAGUAAAACAACAUCAGAACCUGGAAAAGGAAGGAAAUAAGAGCAAUAAAAGAAAAAGAAAAAAAAAGAGAAAAAGAAAACAGUAUCGACCAGAGGUUGCGAUUGUAGCGGUUAAUAUAGAUGAGUUUUGGGCAAACGAGAGGAAAAGGGAAAGCAUCAAGUCCAAUCAGUUAUGA